AUGUGGCUGUACAUGGCGGUCCUCAUGGGCCUGUACUACCUCCUGCGCUGGUACCAGGAGAAGCAGGUGGUGAGCCACCUCCGGGACAAGUUCGUCUUCAUCACAGGCUGUGACUCGGGCUUUGGGAACCAGCUGGCCAGGCAGCUGGACCUGCGAGGCUUGAGGGUCCUGGCUGCGUGUCUGAUGGAGCAGGGGGCCGAGCAGCUGAGGAACCAGACAUCAGACAGGCUGCAGACGGUGAUCCUGGACGUCACCAAGACAGAGAGCGUCGUUGCGGCCACCAGUGUGUAA